UGGCUGAGUGGCUGUUGUUCCCAGUGGCUUCCACUUUGUUAUAAUCCCACUAACAGUUGAGCGUGGAAUAUUUAGUAGCCAGGAAAUGUCACGGAUGGACUUAUUGCACAGAUGGCCACCUAUCACGGGACCACACGCUUGGAGUCACUGAGCUCCUGAGAGCGACCCAUUCUUUCACCAAUGUUUGUAGAAGCAGUCUGCAUGCCUAGGGGCUUGAUUGUAUACACCUGUGUCCAUGGAGGGGAUUGGAACACCUGAAUCACAUGAUUUGGAGGGGAUUGGAACACCUGAAUCACAUGAUAUGGAGGGGAUUGGAGCACCUGAAUCACAUGAUUGGGAGGGGAUUGGAACACCUGAAUCACAUGAUAUGGAGGGGAUUGGAGCACCUGAAUCACAUGAUUGGGAGGGGAUUGGAACACUUGAAUCACAUGAUUGGGAGGGGAUUGGAACACCUGAAUCACAUGAUAUGGAGGGGAUUGGAACACCUGAAUCACAUGAUAUGGAGGGGAUUGGAAACACCUGAAUCACAUGAUAUGGAGGGGAUUGGAACACCUGAAUCACAUGAUAUGGAGGGGGGUCCCAAUACUUCUGGCAAUAUAGUGUACAUGUAAGUA